AUGACGUUGAUGCGUUCUUCCCAGCCAAGGGCCCUGACGCGGAUGGAAAUAGAUGGCGGCAACCCAGUUCUUCCCCGAGAGGUCAUCACAAGCAUUCUCAUACGGCUUCCGGUAAAAGCCCUAAUCCGAUUUCAAUGCGUGUGCAAAGAAUGGAAAAAUCUGUUCAAAACCUCGUCUUUCAUCGCAGAACACCUUCAACACUCCACUCAUCAAAACCCUUCUCUUAUUUUUGAAGAUUAUGGCAUACCUGAUCCUUUUCGAGUAUGUUUGCUUGAUAGUGAGAUGCGAGUCCUUGAAGUUCAGAGCGAUCCUUUUUUUGAUUCUAAACGAUGUGUUUGGACCAUCAAUUCCUGCAAUGGCUUGAUCUGUCUUGGGAUUGUUAAUGUUCCUCGCUCUCUUUCCCUUUUAGUAUGGAAUCCAGCGACCAGAGAGACGAGACUGGUGUCUGAACUUGUUGAUGGUUGUGUUGAUCGGACUUUACACGUAGGAUUUGGAUUUAGUCAAACUGUUAAUGAUUACAAGAUAGUGAAAAUUUGUGAUUCUGAGAAUGAUUUUCUGGUUAAUGAAGUGGAAGUGUAUUCAUUAAAUAGAGGGACAUGGAAAGAAGUAGAAUUUGGAAAGUUAGAUGGUGUAGGUAUGAUUUCGGGGGGUUUCGCUUUUAAUGGAGCUAUCUUUUGGGUUGGGUUAAAGCUAGCUGUGGACGAGGAUGAAGAUGAUAUCGACAUCAUUGUGUCAUUUGACAUAGCUACAGAAGUGUUUACAUUAAUACCGAUGCCUCCUUUGCCUUCUCCGGUGAUUAGUGCAUCAGAUCGCAAAUAUCUUACUGUAUAUGGCAACAAACUUGCCCUGCUAUCUCAUACUGUGAGUGAAGACUUCAAAUCAUCUUUGAUUCAUUUGUGGGUGAUGGAGAAGGGUACAUGUGCAUCUAGGGAGAGAUGGUGUUGCACUAAGAAAUAUACUAGCAGCCCUUAUCUAGGCUGCAGGUUAGGCUACAUGUUAGUUCCAGUGACUAUUUGGAGGAAUGAAGUUGUUUGCAAUGUAACUGAAAUGCCUUCCGAUGAUCUAAUUGGAGAUGAAGGUGAACCAGAUGAUGAACGAAGAAUUGUUAUGUUCAAUAUCACAACCAAUGAAUUUAGGACGCUUGAUAUCCGCAAAUUUAUCCUUGGUUAUGGAAUUUUCAAUUAUUCAGAAAGCCUUGUACCAGUUGGUAACAUGCACGUUGAACAGCUUUGUUUUUAAAUCUUGAUUAUGAUAUUUCAUAUUUACUUUGUUUAAGCACUGUUGGAAGACAUAAACCUACAAGAGUUUAGUUCAUUCUGUAACUGCAAGGCUUCAUGUCCUUUAGUGAUUUUAUCAAGAAUGAUUAAUGCAGAUAUGCAAUGACAGAUGUUUGUAGGUUUAUUGGACU